AUGGGCAGCACACACUCCAAGAAGGACUCCGAGGACACUACCAGUCGGGCAUCCGACGGGAUCUGCUGCGUGGUGCCACGGCCGCCACGACUCUCCACCAUCCUGCGGAUGCUGCGGCGCCACCUGGGUCCGGCCCAGAACAAGCCGAAGAAGAAGCAAAAGAGCGUGGCCAAGCGACGGGCCCUGCUGCGACCAAUGCCCAGAUGCUCCUCCUUUGGCUCCUGCGGCACCCUGCUGACGCCCACCAAGCGUUGCCCCACCACCGGCUCCAGGGCUAUAUCCACCGCCGAUCUGCAUUACGCCCAGUGGAAGUGCAUGUUCGAGCAGGAUCAGCAGCAGCACAACACCAGCGAGACCCUCUCCGGCCAGACCACGCCCCGGGGCUUCCCCUCGCACACGGACCCCAGCCGCUGCCUGGUGCCCGAGGAGCCGCUGUCCUCGCUCCACUGCCCCCUGUACGACUACGUGGGCGACCUCAAGGUGCGCCGCCGCCUCAGCCUGCGCACUCCGCUCCGCCGGCCCGCCUCCACUCGGCACCGGACCCAGGCCCAGGCCCAAGACCAGGCCCGCGCCCGCCUGGAGGCCCAGCUGGAGAGGGAGCUGCGCGACCUGGAGGAGUACUACGGCGGAUUCCACUUUUCGCAGCGUGGCGAGCGGUUUGUGCGCAUCUGA